CCUACCUAAUGCCUAACCUUAAAAUAAAUGUCAUGAAUGUUUUCGAUAUAACUUUGUGGCUGUGGUAACUAGUGAAAACCCCCAUGCCCCUGGAUAUGCGAUGACGUAGCGACAACAAACAGUUGUUGGACUUGAGGAAGCUAACGUUAGCUAGCACAAGGACGAGGAGAGAAAACAGCAUCUUUACAUUCAAGCGCUUCUCGAGGAACGUCAGUAAGCGGCAUGUCUGUUUUAAAAUAACAAUCAAAAAGGAGAUUAUUGCUCUACAGUUAAAUAAUUUGGGCACGAACGAAACAUGCUCCGGACUAUGACGCUUAUUUUUUCCCUUGCCUAGUCGAGGAUUGUGAUGCGAGGUGCUCUGGUGAGACCGCGAUCAAUUAUUUUAAUUGAAAUAGAAUGAUUGACUCGAAAACAAAGCAUUUGGGUUUACCGAUAGGUGCAUAAAACUACACUGGUCUAGAUGUCAUUGUUGGGCAACUACUUUAGCUAGGUAGCUAGCUUUCUUCAUGCACAUGAAAUAGUAUGUUGCUAACGUAGUGGAGGCACCGUGGGCGACUUGUACAGUUUUAGCUAGCUAGCCAGGUAGCUGGUCACCCAAAAUAUAGGUAUAACGUUAGUUAAAUUCCAUAUCCACUUUUAGAGUGUGCUGACCAACAAAAGACAGAAUAUUGUAACAAAAAACGGCUAUCUAUGCACUUUAUUGAUAUCUAUCGUGGUUACCUAGCAUUAAGUUAGCUAGCCAAACAAGUAUAAACUAGAUUGAGACUAGUUAGCAGGAGAAUACAUUGUUUCUUGGUUAGUAGGAUUUGUCACAGUCGUUUGACACGAAGUGUUGCCUUUAUCUCUUGAUAAUUUGACGAUUUACUGGACCUGGACAUGUGAUAUUGUACAUUUAUCAAAGGUUUUCUGAAAUUACAAUUGCAGGCUAUAAAUAUUUUGAGCUGCAGGCACGCAUCACGUAUCAAACCAGUCACAUUUGCUUGCUUGAAAGUUGUCAAUAAUGUGCGAAAUUAUCUCUUGAAAUAGUUGUUUUAUAGCUUGUCAAUUACGCUAACACACAAAAUGCACUUAUAUUGUCAUUGUUGACAAAGUUGUAAACAAUCUUGAAGAAAGCACUUAUUUUACAAAUUAUGUUAGCUAUUGAAGGAUCAAAGACCAGCAUUCAAAGGCUAGACUGAAAUCUACCCAGAAGGCAUCACUUUAAAUAUAUUUUGUCAAGUGCAGAGUUCUCGAAUCCAGUCAAUUGCAAACACUAUCUUCCUGGAAAUGAAAAUAUGAAUGUCGAGGCGCAAGCUCUAGAUUUGUGCAAUGUCAAAACGAAGAAUAAUAUCGAUGACAAUACUACCAAUAACUCGGAAGAGAUCAUACCCCGGAUCUCGGAACUGAUGGAUGGAGACUUGUGUAAACAAGGCAUUAGCACCGAGGCCGCCAACAUGUCCUCUCUAGCCAGGCUCACAGACAACCCGCGAAGGGAGGACAACCACCGGUCAAAAGAGACACUAGAAAUCGACGAAGUGAAUGGGAAUAAGAACAACAGCGUCCCAGAUACCCCUGCAAUAGUCCGUUCUGACUUCGACGUUUCUAAUGACGACCAACGCCAAGAGGAGAGUAUCAAGGAUACAACACCAUCGGCCCUCAUGUUUGUUAUUGAGGAAGGGGAUGAUUGUGGGGAUAUGGACAUCGGUGUGGAUUUGAGCCUGGAUGAAAGUGGCAUGUUGGAGUCAGAACCUACGGACCAGGGACCAUCCCUAGCAGAGGAGACAUCCUCAAGCGGUACCAAUACAGAUUCAUCAACCCCAGAUGCUGUCACCGACAAGGAACCUGAGGAACCCUCAGAAAAGGAGGACUCGCCACCUGUCACUGCCCCAGGAGAGGUCCUCUCUCCAGCCCUGGAUGAGGGGGAUGAUCAACACAAAAAUGGCAAGAGGGUGACUUUUCCUUCAGAUGCGGAUAUUGUCUCUGGAGCAGUGGAGCCCAAGGAUCCUUGGAGACAUGCCCAGAAUGUGACGGUGGAUGAGAUUCUCUCUGCCUACAGACAGGCCUGCGUGAAACUCAACUGUAAACCCAUCCCCAAAGUGCUCAAACAGAUGCAGGAGCUGAAAGACCUAACUCAACGAAAUGAAUGCCUGGACCUUAAAGGUGAGAAGCUGGACUAUAAGACGUGUGAGUCUCUGGAGGAGGUGUUCAAGAGGGUCCAGUUUAAAGUGGUGGACCUGGAGCAGACCAACCUGGAUGAAGACGGUGCAUCAGCUCUCUUUGACAUGAUUGAGUACUAUGAGUCGGCAACACACCUCAACAUUUCCUUCAACAAGCACAUAGGCACCCGUGGCUGGCAGGCCGCAGCCCACAUGAUGAGGAAGACGAGCUCUCUGCAGUACCUGGAUGCCCGCAACACGCCCCUGCUGGACCACUCUGCCCCGUUUGUGGCACGGGCGCUCCGCAUCAGCGGCAGUCUGGCUGUGCUGCACCUGGAGAACGCUGGGCUCUCUGGACGACCACUCAUGCUGCUGGCCACGGCUCUGAAGAUGAACAUGAACCUGCGGGAGCUGUACUUGGCUGAUAACAAGCUGAACGGCCUGCAGGACUCAGCACAGCUGGGAAACCUGCUCAAGUUCAACUGCAACAUCCAGAUACUGGAUCUCCGCAACAACCACAUACUGGACUCUGGCCUGGCCUAUGUCUGUGAAGGACUGAAGGAACAGAGGAAAGGCCUGGUCACCCUGGUGCUCUGGAACAACCAGCUAACACACAACGGCAUGGGCUACCUCGCAGCUGCACUGCCCUGUACCCAGAGUUUGGAGACCCUAAAUCUGGGCCAUAACUCUGUGGGGAACGAGGGCGUCCACAAGCUGAAGGACGGUCUGAUCACCAACCGCUCGGUGCUCAGGCUGGGCCUGGCGUCCACCAAGCUGUCCUGCGAGGGUGCCGUGGCGGUGGCAGAGUUCAUCGCUGAGAGCCCCCGGCUGCUGCGUCUGGACCUGAGGGAGAAUGAGAUCAAGACGGGGGGCCUGAUGGCCCUCUCCCUGGCCCUCAAAGUCAACACCUCCCUCCUACGCCUUGACCUGGACCGAGAGCCCAAGAAAGAGACUGUGAAGAGCUUCAUCGAUACGCAGCGUUCCCUGCUGGCUGAGAUCCAGAAUGGCUGCAAGCGGAACUUCAUCUUAGCCAAGGAGAAGGAGGAGACCGAGCAGCAGAUGCAUUCGGCCUCCAUGGCCGACAUCGCCACCGAGGACAGAACCAUAGAGGAAGAGGAGGAUGGAGCUGAUUCCGGCGAGCAUGUUGAAAAAGAUGGGCAAGACAAUGAGUGUGAGGAAGGAGUGAAAGACACUGAGAGCCUGACUGACAGCCAAUCGGCAGCGAGCUCUGAGGGAGUGGUGUUGCCUUUGCUGUUGGAGUCAGACUCGGACACAGACGACGAUGAGGAGGAAGAGGUGGUUCUCUCUAAAGCUCCUUCAGUCUCCCCCGCCCCCAAACACACUGGCCCUUCACUCCGGGCAGCGACAACUCAGCACCCCCUCAGUGCCUCACAGACGCCCCCCACCCCCUCUGCCCCACCAGCUACGGCGGCUGUCAUUUCAGGGAUCACUGUCACAGAGUCCACGGGGCCCCCCGGUACACCUCCCUCGCCGGGCCGCUGUAUCUCUGUGUCGAGCCCCGGGAGGGGCCACAAGAUCUUCAUGGUGACCAGAGUAGAAAGCCCCCCUGACCAGCAGCAGUUCCAGGUCCUGGGGAAGAUUGGCUUGACCAAGCCCCAGCCCUCCAAGGACCCAGUGGUAUCACUAGUGAAGGAAACCACACAACCCCCUUCACAACCCCCACAGGAGGAGGCGAGAACAGAACAGACACAACCCCAGAACACGCCCACACCACUGACACAGGAGGAGGUGACACAGAGCCUGGCAGAACACACACAACUCCAGACCACGCCCACACCACUGACACAGGAGCUGGUCCAGAGUUCAGACGAACCACAGACAAUCGAUCCUAAACAGAUGGAGCCGAGUCCUGAUGCGCCAGAGCAACCCCCUUCAGAGGAGACCGUAGUAGAGACUCCCAAAGACCCGGCUGAGACGCUAGAACUACCAUCCAACCUCCUAACCCAGCCCACAGAGGAGGAAGUAGAGGGCGUUCUAGACAGUUCACAACCUGUACUGGCGGAGCAGAGCCCAGUAACCGCAGCCCAACCAUCACACACACCCUCCCUUCCUACAGAAGAAGUAGCAGCAGCAACACAAGCAUCACCCCAACAGAUAGAGGAGCUGGUAGAGACAACUACAGAGCCCCAGCUAGAACAAUCUGCUGUUGAGCAGCAGUCCACGCAAGCUGUGCUGGAAGGAGAGGAGGAGGUGAUGGUUGUGGAAAAGGAGGAGAGUGAGGACCCAGUAGAAGAGACACUUUGUGAACAGUCUCAAACCAACAGAGAGGAGGAAGAUGAGAUGCAGUCGGAAAGGCUUCCACAGCAGGAACAGAGUCCGGAACAGACUAGUGACACAGUUCAUCAACCGUUAGCGCCUCAGCUAGCUACACAGACUAACACUAAGCCCCUGGGGAGUCUGCUUCUAACAGCACCGCUCCCGUCACAGCCUGAAACAGUGCAGCCAGACUCUGAGCUUCUGCCCCCACAACAGGAACCGGCAGAGACACUUCCACAGGCACAGCAACAGGUGGCGCCAGCGAGUCCCUCGGAGCAGGGAGCCACGGAGAGUGUAGCAGGAGCAGAACAGGAACUGUAUCUGUCAGAGGAGCAGCAGCAGCAACUAGCACAACAGGCACUUCCUGUGCAGGUGGAACAGCAGCAACAACAACAUCCUGUUCUAGAGGAACUACAGCAGCAGCCUCUUCAACCAGAGGGUCAAUCACAGACCACCCUUCCCGCCGAGCCCUCACCUGUUCCAGCCGAGACAGACACUUCCCGGGAGGUGGAGGGCCGUAGCUCCCCUCCCAAGGUAGAGGAGUCCCCAGACGAGAGCUCCACGGACGAGGGGGAGAGCGUGGGGGGAGUGGAGGAGGUGGUGGGCUCAGCCCUGCCCAACGGCCUGAAGCCAGAGUUCGCCCUUCACCUGCUGGACCCAGAGGGCCCCAAGGCUGGGCGUGGCAGCUGUGUGAUGGAGAACGUGAGUGUGACAGCAGAACUGAGCUGUGGUCAGGACCUGGAGGAGCUGUUGCUGGAGGCCAGCCUGGAGACUGGGAGAAACUCACCAUAGUCAUGGUACACCUACACUAACUCAUCUCCUGGAUCUCUUUACAAUUGGUCCUGUAGGAGAGAGGAACACAGGACUCGUAUUGUCUGUGUCUCGGUGACUCGUCUUGUUGCUCCUACCAUUUUUUUGUUGUCGUUACCACGAACUCAUCACCUCCACCUCUCUAUGAAGACGGAGGACCAGUUGUCAUCUAAGUAAUACACCUAGAUUUUUUUUUUUUUAAGACACACAAAAAAAAAAAAUUGAGCUUCAUCA